CUAAACAUCACUCCGACAAUGACGUUUGCGCUUGGGUUAUCUGACAUUCCAACUGAAUCCGACCCGGCCCGUGCCAAAAGCGGCCAGCUUCCGAGCUCGAGUUACACCGCCCGCUUGUCACUCUGAGACACACAACCCCUCCGUCAUUUCUGCUGGAAAGAAUAAUAACAAGAUCCUGAUCUUACUUACGGCUGAGGUUUGCAUCCCUCCAAAUCCUCCUCACACACCACUCCGUCUUCCACCCAAAAUUCCCACAAAAUGUCCCACCUUCCGUGUUUUUGCUACAAAGGAUUUGGCGAAGAGAAGCGUCAGGAGCUUUGGUACAGCCAGGCUGUGCGUAUCGGAGACCAAAUUGAGUGCUCUGGUCAAGGCGGCUGGAACCCCGAAACAAGCGAAGUCCACAAGAGCUUGUCCGACGAGUUCGACCAGGCGUUCAAGAAUGUCGAUCUAGCCCUUCGCACCGCUGGCGGAAAGGGGUGGUGCCAGGUGUACAAAAUCCGUGUGUAUCUUACCAUCAUUGACGACGAAGCGGUUGAGGCGUUGGUUCGCAACCUGAGGACGUGGAUGCCGGAUCAUCAGCCUAUUAUGACGGCGAUUGGGGUGAACAAGUUGGGCUUGGAAGGGAUGAGGAUCGAGGUGGAGGCUGUUGCUCAUGAUCCCGAGGGGGCUGCGAAGCAUGCUGCGGAGGAGGCAGCUGGUUCGCAUUAGGAAAGGGACACGCAGGAUGUGCCAUCGAUAGCAUCAAUUUACCUUGCAUUGCAUGUGGUAUAUUGGUUGGUU